UUUAGCAUUUGCGCUGUUUGAACGAGCAUCUUUGCAGAAAUCUGAAUUCAUACUGGCCUCAGAAAUGAAGGACGCUGGAAAAUUCGAUGAUGUGGUCAUAAUUUUCGAAAAACGGAAGGAAGUGUGGUUUUUCCAAGCCAAACACAAAGACAGCUCAGAUGGUACAAACAAAAUAUCGUUCGACAAUUUGUUUCCGAAGACGUGUAAGGAAAAUUAUGAUUUUGCUAUUAUCAAGUACAUGCAGUCGUAUUUAGACGUUAUUCAAAAAGAUGAGUUCAAGGAGUUGAAUAUGCGAUUUUUUAUCUUAACCAAUAAAUCAUUAGACGAUAGUAAUAGUCAGCUUAAAGAGUUGGUGGACAUCGAGGACUGUGAACAAGGUGAAGUGAAUCCAAUAAUGAAGUUUGCUGAAUCGAACGAUUGCUACAAAAGAUUCAGACCAAAAAAGGAUAAAAUUGAAGAUUUACUAAAGUUGAUGAACACCGAACUAAUUGCCAUUAGGGAUGCGAUCAUUGAACUCUUCAAAAGCGGAAAAGUUUCGGAAAUACUAAUCGGCUACAAAACACCGUUGCAGAAGAUCCUAGAAGUUUCAGAUAAAAAUCUAAAGCUCUCCAAGGACGGUGGUCUCACCCAUGAAUGGUUGCACAAUGAGCUACUAAAGGAUAUUAAAGGAACACCCAACUACCAACGUAUUUAAAUGAAGAUAGCGUGAGCAAGUUCUUUCAGCAUCUAACUUUCUGUGUUAACCAACCAAGUGAUCUUAUAAAAACCAUCGAGAAUGAUCUUCGCUCAUGGAUGAGAGAUUGGAUUCCACCGGACGAUCUUGGAAAAGCACAAUUAGAACUGCCUUUCUUUAAAUUUAAUAAAUUUUUUAAAAAUUGGAUCAAUUCUAAUAGUUACAAGGAUACAAAAAACAAUAAGCCAGAAAAGAGUUACUUAUCUUAUAAAGAGGGACGCUCUUGUGUCGAAGAAAUAACGAGGGAGCUGAGUAGUAAUUUUUCACAACGUAAAUAUAUUGGAAGCUCGUACAUAGAAAGAACAUUAAUUGAGUACUAUGAUUUUGUUAGCGACCAUGAUUUCAUCAAACAAUUAAUAGACGACCCAGCAGAAAACAAAUUUUCUCUCUUCAUCGGAGAACCUGGUAUGGGAAAAACAACUAUCCUCCAACACAUUGCCUUCGAAGUUCAAAAGAAAUCCGAUAUUGAUGUGUUCUUGAUAUAUUUGAAUAACUUAAAGGAAGUGCUCAAAUCAGGCUGUGAAAACUCUGAAGCGGUUUUCAAAAUUCUGCAAUCGACUCUUUCAGAAACAAGCCGGAAAAUAUUGAGAAACAAUCUAGAAAGCAACGCAAAUCGAACUAUAAUCCUGUUUGAUGGGUUCGAUGAGAUCACUUUUCAUAACGAGGCAAUCGCCGUAUUUAGGCAAUUAUUGUCAAAGGAGAAUAUUCAAGUGAUUGUUAGUGGUAGAUAUCAUGUCAAAGAUAUUCUUGAACAAAAAUUUAAAACAUGGGCAAUCAGAUUGAUUCCAUUUAAAAACAAUGAACAAAUUAUGGUUUUGAAAAAUUCAUGGAAAGCUUCCGAUGAUUCAAGGGAAUUUAAAAUUUAUUCAACUCAAUUGCUCGAAAAAUUCUACUCGGACAUAAAUAGCUAUCACACUGAAUUCUUUGGUAUUCCACUUUUAAUUCGAUUGUUGGCGGAAGUAUAUUCUGAUGAUUUCCAACAAUAUUUAAAUACCGUUCCAGAUAAACGUGCACCAGAUAUUUUCCCGAAAGAAAAAUUUAAUGUUGUCUCAUUGUUUAAAAAGUUUGUAGAAUUUUCGUGUCAAAUCAAAUGGAAGAAAAAAAGAGACCAAGAUGCUUACCGAAAUAUUGACAUGUCAAGUGAUGACGAAGAGCGCUGGCAGUUGAAAUACUUUACUAUUGAGCAUCAAAUAGCUGCUUGGCACGAGCUUUUUGCGGAUAAACAUAAGGAAAUAAUCGCAUCGGGUGAAUAUGAAACACUUUACGAAGAACUCCAAAAACGAAUCAAAGACGGGAAAGAGCAUUCUCCUCUAUUGAAAAUUAGCCAGCUUACAUUCUCCAAAGGCGAGCUUAGAUUCGUACACCGAUCCUAUGCCGAAUUUUUCGUUGCAACGUAUCUAUAUGAUCAUAUCCAAAAAUGCAAAGCAAUUUUGUACGAAACACUUCAUAAUAAUGAAACAGUUCGAAGAUUUUUCUUUAUGCUAUUUGAAGAACAGUUUUCAGAACAAUCAGAGCAAAUGAUUGCUCUAAGCAAUAUUUGUAAAAAAAAACCUGAAGUUGCAUUCUGGGCAUGUAAAGCAAACUUUGUAAAAGUAGUAAAGGGGCUACUACAAAAGAAUGAUUACAAAACUAAAACACUCAAAAAAUAUGGAUCGUUAUUGCACACUGCGACGCGUGCUGGUCAUUAUGAGAUGGUUUUACUUCUACUUGAUUAUGGCAUAGAUGUGAGUUUGAUGGCCAUGGUUAAAAAUAAAAGUCCGCUGCACGUGGCUAGUGACUUGGGUGGAUCUUCAGGAUGA